AUGGCGAGGGCCGAAGUCGUGCAGGAUGCGCAUAGUCGCAAGAUUACAAUGUUCAACCUUGCUAUUGUCUUAGCAUUGUGCCUUGGUAGCCUGACAUACGGAUACACAUUCAGUAUUGUGUCGACCACCCUGGGCCAGCCUUCAUGGUUCUUGUACUUCGAUUUGACCCAAGACCCCACCGACGCGGCUCGAUAUGCUUACACCAACCGCAUUAUCGGAGGCAUGAAUGCUUGCUUUUCCGGGGGUGGCUUCUUGGGUGCCAUCUUUGUUGGAUGGUCCUGCGAUUAUCUAGGCCGCAAGAAAACGCUCCUCGUCGGGACACCGAUUGCCAUCCUCGGUGGAGCGCUGCAAGGAGGUGCAGUCAACAUCGCCAUGUUCUUGGUUGGCCGAUUGCUUGGAGGCUUCGCGGUUGGAAUCUUGGUGGUUCUCGUACCAUUGUUUCAAUCAGAGAUUGCGCCGCCAGCGACUCGGGGCUUCUUGGUCUCUCAGCAUGGUGUCGUCCUUGUCUUAGGAUACUCUCUGGCCGCGUGGGUUGGAGUGGCCUGCUAUUUCUCGUCCAAUCCGGCUUUCCAGUGGCGGUUCCCUCUCAUCGUUCAAGUCAUCUGGCCCUUGGCGAUGUUGAUCCUGACUCCUUUCCUGCCGGAGUCCCCUCGUUGGCUUUUGUUCAAAGACCGGCCUUCUGAAGCCUGGAAAGUCGUCUCCAAGCUUCACGGAAGUACCGAUGAGGCAGAUGACUCUACAAUUGCAUCGUUUGCUCGGGAAGAAUUCUACCAGAUGACCCAUCAGGUCCAAGCCGACAAAGAGAUGGCUGCGGGCGAGUCGCUCAUGACCUUGUUCAGGAAGCCAUCCUAUCGCAAACGUAUGAUUUGCGCCUUUUUGACCAUGUUCGGAGCCGAAUCCACUGGUAUCCUCGUCAUCUAUAAUUACUCCGUUCUACUCUAUCAGGGUCUUGGAUUCAAAGGCAGUAUUCCACUUGUCCUGGCCGCCGCGUACGUCACUGUCGCCUGCAUUGGUAACUAUAUCAACUCGAUGAUCAUUGAUCGUAUCGGUCGAAAAGCAUGUCUCGUAAUUGGAUUCAGCGGCUGUCUCGUGACUCUCUGCUUCGAGGCAGCCUUGAGCGCCGAAUACAUCGGGACCUCCAAUAACGCUGGCCUCAGCGCUGGUGUGUUCUUUCUCUUCCUGUACAUCACAUUCUACGGCUGCUGCAUUGAUGCCACAACAUAUGUGUACUGCUCAGAGAUCUUCCCAACUCACAUCCGAUCUCGAGGCCUUGCAUUCUCUUUGGCCGUUCUGUUCCUUUCGACAAUCGCUUACCUCGAGGCCGCACCAACCGCAUUUGCACAAGUCGGCUGGAAGUACUAUCUCCUCUUCAUCAUUCUCACAGCAAUCCACCUGCCUCUCAUAAUCUGGUACUUCCCAGAAACAAAGGGCCUCUCGCUCGAGGAGGUUGGCGAAAGGUUCGGAGACGAAGUGGUUGUUCAUCUUACGGAUCUCACGGAGGCGGAACGUCGCGAGCUUGAUGAGAAGAUCAGAGCCGAGAAGGGAGGUUCUGUUGCCGCCCACGUUGAGUCAAACGUGGACGAGAAGUCGGUCUGA